UCCCCCGCCGACCCCCCCUCCCCUCCCAUGGCCUUCAUGAUGAUGAAGAAAAAGAAAUUCAAAUUCCGCGUGGAGCUGGAACUGGACGAGCUCUCCUCGGUGCCUUUCGUCAACGGGAUCCUCUUCUGCAAGGUGCGGCUGCUGGACGGCGGCAGUUUCAACGGGGAGUCCUCCCGGGAAGUAGUGCAGGCAAACUGUGUUCACUGGAAGAAGAGAUUUCUAUUUAUGUGCAAAAUGAGUGCAAGUGCCACUACAGGGAUUUUGGAUCCCUGCAUCUGCAGAGUGUCUGUACGGAAGGAGCUAAAAGGUGGAAAGGCUUAUGCAAAGCUGGGUUUUGCAGACCUGAACCUGGCAGAGUUCGCUGGAUCAGGAAAUACCACUCGCCACUGUUUACUGGAAGGUUACGAUACCAAAAACACACGGCAAGAUAAUUCGAUUCUCAAAAUAUUGAUCAGCAUGCAGCUUAUGUCUGGAGACCCAUGUUUCAAAACGCCGCCAUCCACGGCUAUGUCUAUAUCACUUGCUGGAGAACCAGAAUCUCUACGUGAAGACAGGAAAGGUGGAGAUAACAUCACAGCAUCACAUCUAAGUGUAUCAGAUCUUGCAACAAAAAAUGUUUCAAUCCCAGAUGAACUUGGGGCAUGUGGACAUUCUAGGACAUCCAGCUAUGCAAGCCAGCAGUCAAAAGUGUCAGGUUACAGCACCUGCAAUUCCAGAUCAUCUAGCAUCUCUGAUCUGUGCCAUAAGAGAAAUACCUCUGCAGGAAGUACAUCGACAGGUAUAGGCAGUAUUCUAGAACCAUGUGAAGAGAAUGAGACCCCCAAAAAUGACGAAGGUGCAGCCUCAGAAAAAUUCAACAGACACCCAGUAAAACAGGAUUCUGUAGAGUCACAGCUGAAAAGAAUGGAUGCUACCAGAGUUGAUGCCGAUGAUGUUGUUGAAAAAAUACUGCAGAGUCAAGACUUCAGUUUGGACUCAAGUGCAGAAGAGGAAGGGCUAAGACUCUUUGUGGGUCCUGGAGGGAGUACUGCCUUUGGAAGCCAUCACUUACCUAAUAGAGUUGGAUCUGGAGCAUAUGAGCAAGUAGUGAUUAAACGCUAAGAAGAAUUAGACUAAAAUGCCACAGUAAUUUUCAUAACUCCAAAUAUUGUCAAAAAUGGACUCUUCUGAAAUGCUGGAUUGCAGUUGUCUGGAUUGUCCGUUUUAGUCAUAUAGAAAAUGCCCUCUUCUGUAUCUGCAGAGGCAAUUUUCAUCUUCUGAUAUUUUGUCAACCUAUGUAUGUGUUACCUGAUGGUGGAUUUAUUGCAUUGUUCUGUAAGUGUUCAGUCAAAUUUCCCAAAUGGGACAAUGGUGUCUAAUUGAACAUAAUAUGUUGAACUUACUUGUUAGUAUGUACAGAAAUGCAUUCAACAACAUGCUCUAUUUCCUACUUAGCUUUUUUUUUUUAAGCGUGAAAAGUAAGUCUUGAUUACACAACAUCUAUUUCAGCCUCCCCCCACCCCUGGGAUAGUCUUACCUUUUUAGUAUUGUCUGAUUGUUUCUGUCUGAUUGAACAGAAUUAAUGUUAAAUGGAAACUUCUGGUUCAAGGAAAUUCCAGCCAGCUGAGCGUUUAGGAAAUAAGAUUCAAUUCUGUUACAAAUCAGUGUAACUUUAAGGCCAAACUGCAUGGGAGAAGGACUAGUCUGUUAUCUUAAAGGCUUGUUUCUGAUUACAUUUAAUAAGAUAUAUGCAUGCACUGAUUGCCAGUUACAGUAAAACAUUCAGUGCCAACCAGGAGACUUGUGUCCCAAGACUAUUUUUCAAUAUUAUAAGGUUACAUUGACUGAUCCUUGGUCCAUACCAAAAACAAACUACAUCUUUGGGUGUUCACUGCGAACACUGACCUAAUUGGAUAUUCUGUGGUGAACAUCUGGGAGCAUGUACUAAUAUGAUGUUUAGCUCAUGAAGUAUUAAAAAUGAAGUAACAAUUGAAAGAGUGCCUUGUUCUCGGGGGGGGAGACAGAGUAUUGAACUAUCUUCUUGUGAAGUUUUUAGAACAAAAAGUGAUUGAGCAACUGAAAACUACUUCCACUAAUCAAGAAAAGCACUUUAUGCAGCUGUUUUCUUCAUUCAACCUGAAAAUAGAUUUUCUCCCCUUGAUUAGAGGAUUGAUGACUUGGGCCCAGUAUGCAGCCAUUGGCAUAAAAUUUACUUGCGAAGUUUCUCCCCUAAGUUUGCAUCACAUUUAAAAGGUGUUUGCCUUAUUCAGGGCUGUGCAGUAUGCAUUGAUGAUUACCACAGCUCUCAAUGCUGUGCAUCUACAGGCCAGGCCAGCACAUGGAGCAAGUCCUCUCUUAAAUGUAGGGGGAAGCUUUGCUGCUUACUGCUGGAUUGCACUGAAAGAGGACUUCAGUUAGGUCUCCUGUUUUACUGAAAUGUUCUUGAACAGCCUUUGCUGAUACCAGUGGAACUUGUGGUUGUGAAAGCUCAUGGUGCAUUUGUGACCAGUAUUGUAAAGAUUUGCACAAAUUAAAUAGAGCAGUGUAUCUCUGCAUCUAUUUAGACCUUAGAUAUUUUUUCUCCCAACAAAAUCAGUUUCUGACAGCUUUAACAGCCCAUAUUAUUUUUGUGAAGGAAUUUGAGGGGCAAAAGACUGUCAACAACUCAGGAGAGUUAUCAGCUGUUAGUAAUUUGCCUUUAUUAGUAAUUUGCCUUUGAUGUCAUUAUGGUUAGUUACUGAAAUUGAUCCCUAUAUUUCAAAACAAUACGGGUUAUGAGAAAUUAAACUACAUUGAUUUUUACUUACAGUGAAUAUGGAACAUCUAAUAUUUUUACUAGUUUCGUGAAUCAAUGUUCCACUUCUUUUUGAAUAAAUACAAUGAAGGAAAAUGAAGGAAAAAUGUUUUAUGCUUGUGACUUAGUUUUAUAAAUGUAGUGCAUAUUGAUGAACUCCAUUUUUAUUUAAAUUGUACAUGUAUACUGUUAAAAUCAGAACCAUUUCUUUAUUAUGGUACCCAUAAAUAACUUACUGCUUUAUAAAGCAUUUUAUUAAGUUUGAAAUGUUCUGAAUUUCAGUACAAGAGAGUUCUUUUAGAUUCUGUUAAAAUAAUGUAGAAGGCACAAGAUCAGUUUUGGAAUGCAAACCGUUAUAAGCAAAAUUGAGUUUGUCUUUAUUAAUUCUUAAAAAAUCACUAAUUUUUCCAAGGAAAAUGUCAAUACUAGACAACUGAUUUAGGGAGACAAGGUGGCAUGAGGGUACAAAUAAUCAACUGAUUUAAGGUCAUUUAAUUCAGUAUAAGGCAUAGCCAUGGUGCUUAUAAAGGGAAGAAUCUAUAACCUCUAAUAUUUCAAUAUUAUCAGCUAGAUGCUCCGCUUUUGUGCAUUCAAAUGCAAUGUUAGUCACUUGUGACAACACACACUUUGCCAGAGAGUUGAGUUUGUAGGAAGACAAUUGCCAUCUUGUACCCAUCACAUUGUUGUUAGAUUUUUUAACGUCCACACACAAGUUCAAAUAAUUAUCAUGCACUUUUGUCAACUGAACCAAUUUUAUGAAGUGAUUCCAUCUGAAUGUCUCUAUGACAUGGAAAAUGACCUUCGUAUUUGUAUAUGUCAUUCUUUUGUGUAAAUUGUACAGUAAUAUCCACAACUACUAAUCCUUUCCCCCAUAAUACACUUGAUGUAAAAGUCUUAAAAACUUAAUAAAAAUCUUUGACCUA